CUCGUAUCGACGACUGCCCACCCGCUGCAGGUACAUGUAUCGGUGACUUCUGCACAGCACAGGACGUGUCGAACCAGGUGUCGUCGAUCACACACCAUAAUAAUCAUAAUAACACUCCGAAUUACCGGACGCAGACCGCAAUUAGCACAUGCCAAUCUACCGAAUGCAGGCCUGCAGGAAGCACGGAUAGCCCUGCCUGGAACGACACCAACAGACUCGAACAUUGCCUGCUAUCGACAACUACUCUCCUACCUACGCCACACCUGUUCACUUCGCCAAAUUGACAUUGGAAAGUGGUCCGGCCUGGCACGACGUCGAGAAGAGUGAAGGUGGGCAAGGAUAGGACGGGAUAGCAAGACGAGACACGAGACACGAGAGACGACGGCAGACGAGUGACGGUAGACGAAAGAAAGUACACGAGAGGAGAGAGAAGAAGGCAAACCGCAAACAUGGCCGACACUGUAACAGCCUCUCGGUCUGAGACACACAGCCCCUCCUCGCCAGCCUUCCACCUCGCCGACUCCGAAUCUCGCGCCUCGUCCCCCUCUCCCUCCGUCGAUGCCUCUUUGGCCAUUGACGCCGUUCCUUACCUUGAUCGAUCCGUGUCGACGCCUUGUAGCUCCAUCAGUGGCGCCUCCGCCUCAGAGUCGCAGCUGUCCAUCUCUUCACGCACACGGAGCUCGAGACUCAGCGAUGGCAGUGCUACCGUGGUGCGGAGGAGGGGCUACAUCCGUCCUCAAGGCACCGUCUCUGCAGACAGUGCGAGGAAUCGUGACAGUGUCAUGAGUUUGGGCAGCAUUGCACACAUGCAAUACUACUUUGCCAGAACUGGCUUGCUGGACGGCAAGGGAGCGCAAUUGGCCAGAGAGUCGGAACAGAAGAAGCGCUUCUUGCGAAAAGGCAGGGAAAUGGGAGGACUGAAUGAGCCGACGAACACUGAAGCAAGCAUCCGUUCGACCAGCGGCAGUGAGCUGGACUAUGGCAGCAUCAACUUGGACGAUAGCCAUUCGUCCUGCGCCGUGUCAGACUCCGGCCUGGAUGUCUCUGUCGUGGAGAGCCCGACUGAAGUCGAAUUUGGAGAAUUCUGGAAUCCAAGCGACCCAACCAUGCUUCCUCCCACAGUGAGCACGUACAAAGUCAAGCCCGAGUUCACAGAGCCCCUCCCAGAUAUGCCCGUGCUCCGUCGAGAGUUGAACGAAGCUCUGCAGGACGCGUGCAAAGUACUGGAAGAGUCGCAAAAGAAGCCGGCCGCCGGAGACACCGCUGAUGUUGCCGAUAACAGUGGUUUCUACGAAAUUCAAGGUCUUCACCUCCUGGACAUCAUCACUUUGGCCAUUCGAGCUGCGAAGAACUACUACACCGCGCACACGAAUCCAAUCAAGUUGUUUGCCCUGCGAUCGGAAAGAGAGCUCAGAAAAGACCUCUACAACACUCUUGACACACUCAAACGUAUGGCGAGCCGCAACUUCCGAGGCGGGAUCCGCGAAAUGGAACUUCUCGAAAUCAUAUGCUGGAUCGAGUCGAUUGAUAAGCUGAUCAAAGCCGAGGAAGUCCAGGAGCAGGAGGAAGCCGCUGAGCGCGAAGCCAUGGUAUGGCGAGAAGGCGAUUGGGCGGGGAAGGAACGAGAACGAGAGUGGCUAUUCAUCAAGUCGUUCGAUAAGGACGAACCGGCAUUACCUGAAUGGCCCGAAAUGACCUCUGGUCAGACAUUGCCUACUGACUUCUUGAAGGCACUGCAAGAUGGCCAGAGACUAGUGAAGUUGCACAAUGCUUGCGUAGCCAAAUCCAAGAAGAAGUUUGACGAGAUCAAGACAUUCCACACUGAUGUCAGCAAACCAUAUCGCAUGGCAGAAAAUCUAAGGUAUUGGGCCAAAGCUGGGGAGAUUCGCUGGGAGACGAAGAUUGAGGUUCCGGCAUUGGAUGUUGCUCAGGGCAGUAACGAGGCUGCUUGGCGAAGCUUUGAUGAAGCCAUUUUCAAGUGGUGCCAAGGGGUGAGAAAGGAGCUGACAGAGGAGUGGAGAGAAGAGGCGAAGAAUCAAAAAAAUCGCGAAACCAAGCCGCCCGAGUUGAAGAUCGAGGUCCCCUCGGACGAAGUGGUCGAAAGCGCAGCGGCAAAAGGAUCGAGCCCACCCGAAGAGCCUUCCAAGCCCGGGGAUUGCCAGUCAGGAGUCCAGACCACAUUCGAUCCGUCAGAGGUCCAGCUUCCAGUCAAGCCGAAAGUACAUAUAGAGACUGUGGACAUUUCGGCGAAGAUGUCAGAAGUGUCGAAACAAGUGUUGGGAGGAGGAGGAGGAGGAGAAGAGGACAAGGAGAAUGCUCUACCAGCAUAGGAAGUUGGAGAGGCAGCAUCUCUGAAUCACAGGCGUGGAAGAUCUGAUCUGAGUUGGAAGCAGAGACGACGAGAGGCAGUAGUCAUACGUCCUUCGAGCUCUGCUUUUGGUCGACGACAUGGCACGAUCAUGGAGCGCUAGGAAGCCCUUCAGUGAGCGUGUUCAAUGUGGCUGUGGUGGCGGCGGCGGUUGGUUGUACAAAGAGACGAGCGACAUGAGCAGCAAGCGAGCAGAUGGGAGGAGGGGAGGCAACGGGCUGUUCUGGGGCGCGCGCACGUGUGAAAACGAAAGAUUGAUACCCCCAUGGAGAGAGAACAGUCCCCCCACAAAAUGAUGGGCACUGAUUGUCUCUGUCUAGCUUUUUUGUUUUGUAUCGGCAGAGGAAGCGAGCGAGUUUGUAUGAUAAUGAAUGCAUUAUCAUAUUCACCUUUCCCGUCUGGAAAGAAGAAGAGCAAGACUCUUAACAGGCCCAGUAUUUUCGUAGCAAUCAAUCAGUCAGU